AUGCGACCCGCUGUAGAAACUUGGCUCGCUUUCAAGACUGGAGGUUUUUUUCCUCCCUCUUCCAGCGCAUGCGCACCGCGCACCGUACAUCCGCCUGCUAUAUGAGACCGAACUCGGACAUGGUUUAAUUUUUUUUUAAAAAAAAAAACCAGUCUUCGAGAUGGACGGGACCGAGGCGAACCGGAGGAACUGUACGAGGAGCGACGCCGCGGCAGAUUCGGGACAAGACAAGAAAAGCGGCUCGCGGGAGCGCGUGACACUUAAGAAGGAAAUCGGUUUGAUGAGUGCGUGCGCUAUUAUUAUAGGUAACAUCAUCGGCUCAGGGAUCUUCAUCUCUCCAAAGGGGGUUCUGGAGCAUGCUGGCAGCGUGGGCUUCUCCCUCAUCGUCUGGGUCCUCGGUGGCGGCAUCUGCGCUCUGGGGUCACUGUGUUACGCGGAACUGGGCGUCACCAUCCCCAAAUCCGGCGGGGAUUACUCCUACGUGACGGAAAUCUUUGGAGGACUGGUGGGGUUCUUGUUGCUAUGGAGCGCAGUGUGGAUCAUGUAUCCAACCACGCUGGCUGUGAUCGCUCUGACUUUCUCAAACUACGUCCUGCAGCCGGCGUUUCCCAACUGCCUUCCUCCCUAUAUCGCUACUCGCCUCCUGUCCACUAUCUGCAUCUUGUUGCUGACGUGGGUGAACUGCUCCAGUGUUCGCUGGGCCACACGUAUCCAGGAUUUCUUCACCAUCGGGAAACUUCUCGCUCUUGUUCUCAUUAUUGUAGUGGGCAUGGUCCAAAUCGCCAAAGGUCACUACGACGCUCUGGAGCCUCAAACAGCCUUCGAGUUCAUCCGAGACCCAUCAGUGGGGCAGAUCGCACUGGCCUUCCUGCAGGCCUCGUUUGCCUUCAGUGGCUGGAACUUCCUCAACUACGUCACCGAGGAAGUGGUGGAACCUCGCAAAAACCUGCCCCGUGCUAUCUACAUCUCCAUUCCUCUGGUCACAUUAGUGUACACUCUCACCAACAUCGCUUACUUCUCCUCCAUGACACCCGAGGAGCUGCUCGCAUCCAACGCCGUCGCUGUGACGUUUGGUGAAAAGCUGUUGGGGAUGUUCUCCUGGGUCAUGCCCAUCUCCGUGGCUCUGUCCACCUUCGGGGGGAUUAACGGCUACCUGUUCACUUCCUCCAGGUUGUGUUUCUCGGGCGCGAGAGAAGGACACCUGCCCUACCUGCUGGCUAUGAUCCACCUGAAGAACUGUACACCAAUCCCUGCCCUGCUCGUCUGUUGCACUGCAACUAUCGUCAUCCUCUGUAUCGGUGAGACCCACAACCUGAUCAACUACGUGUCGUUUAUAAACUACCUCUCAUACGGAGUGACCAUUGCCGGCCUGCUGUACUACCGCUGGAAGAAGCCCAAUAUGUUCAGACCAAUUAAAGUGAAUUUACUCAUCCCCAUCAGUUACCUGGUGUUCUGGGCUGUAUUGCUAUGCUUCAGUUUGUACUCGGAGCCUGUGGUGUGUGGGAUGGGACUGGUCAUCAUGCUGACCGGAGUCCCCAUCUACUUCAUCGGAGUGCAGUGGUCUCAAAAGCCGCGCUGGAUCUACAGCGCAGUGGAGCGUGUGACGUAUCUGGGUCAGAAGCUGUGCUAUGUCGUGUUCCCUCAGGACGAUCCCUCCGAAACGGAGCCUCUCACAGAGAAGUCGGAGCUCUGAAGCAUCCAAACCUUCCAGGGAAAAUUUGCCCCUAUUGUUUCUUUUUGUUGUUUUUUUUUAAUAUUACGGGGUCAAAUAAGCAGCAGUUAUUAAUAACUCGGAGUUUCUCGUGCAGGUGAUGAUGAGACAGAUUUCUCUACGGUGCUCUAGGUUCCAGAUUCAGUUUGUUUUUUGUUUUUUCUCGAGUGUGUAAAGAAAGCUAGGCCUAUGGAGGGGAGGUGCAUAUUGUCUUUUUAUUAUUCCGGGCUUCUCUGGUCUUUUCCGCUGGUCGCGGAUGUCGGAAUGUGUAAAACCAACCCUUUUGUCUGCCCAAAAGGAACUGGUUUCCAUCAAAACCUCCACUCUGUGCUACCUGGAGGCUUUUCCUGAUUGAAAUACGGAGCAUGUGUUCCCUUGAGCCAUGCAGGGUCUUUGUUUCUUUGUGUAUUAACGACUACCGGCCCGUAACUUUCAGCUGUGUGUGUGUGUGAGAGUGUGUGUGGGUUUUCUUUCAUAUAUAUAUAUAUAUAUAUAUAUAUAUAUAUAUAUAUAUAUAUAUAUAUAUAUAUAUAUAUAUAUAUAUAUAUAUAUAUAUAUAAUCCCUAUAUAUAUGGCAUGCAGCCAUAAAUCUAUAAGUCAUACCACGGGGAUGUGUCUAUACAUUUAAUAUUUUAGUUUUAUUAUUAUUAUUAUUGUUUUUAUUUUUAUUAUUUUUAGGAAAUGAAGUUCAGCUCUGUAUCAGGUGUCCUUAAAAUUGCUGUGUACUUUUUAAACCUGGUGAAAAUAUGCCGCUUUUUUGGAGAAUUUCCGUAGCUUAAAAUCUUGAAGCUUAAAAAUGUCGCCUCGGUCGAACACGUAACACUCGCGUAUAACAGAAUUAAUGCACAAAAAAAAAAUUAUUAUUAAAAGUCAAAGAUGUUUUUCGUGUUAAAAUAGAAUUUAGAGAGAAUUUUUUAAAAUGAAAACGAUUUUGAAAAAAGUUACACGUCCUGUCCUCUGCUUGCUGGCGGCUAAACGCUAGCAACACGUCGACUAUAGUGCUGUCAGAUCUUUACAUUGGUACGUUUUAUUUCAGAAUAAAUUGCUUACGUUUUCCGUAUUUUCCCUCACAAUAACAGCACAUCUUCAUCUUCAUCACCUUCAGGCAGUGUUCAUUAUAUUGAUUUUUAGAACUCCAUUUGAGCAAGAAGAUCGGCUGAAAGAACGUAACAGAGAGAAAAGUCGUAGAAAGAACGUAAAGUGACGAAAGAUAAGUAGGGAUGUGAAGUGAGUUAUUGAUCAAAAUGAAACCAAAAUAAUUCGUAAACGUGUUUUUUUCUUUUCAGUAAAGUUCCUCGAUUCGUCGUCAGUAAGCGUUUUUUUAUCUGAUUCGGAAAAAUAAAUAAAAAAUUAUUCUGUACACGUCAAGCGUUACGGCUCAACUCUUACCAACUGCGUGAAUUUUAAAGAAAAGAUCGUACUUGGGUUUUUACUCUUUUGGAUCGUAUUACUACAUGUUAGGAUUCAGAAUAAAGCUACACUACGUUCACGCUAGCAAGAAACAAGUCAUUAGUGUCGCUUGAAGCGGUUGUGGGCGUGGCCUGUCGAGUGUUGUUGUUGUUUUUUUACAAACUAUUUCCCAUAAAUAAAUAAAUAGUAGUAGCUACACAACUGAAAGCUAACACUAUUAUCAAUAAUAACACACUAAUCACGUGCCUGGCUUUGUUAGCGACCGUACUGGCUACGAAUUAUUUCUUCAACAGAGACACAGACGAUCUUUGCUACUUAAUUCCACGCUUUUUUGUGUAUUUUAGUAUUGUCUCAAACCGUCACGCUAACCGUUACUCCGUUCCACGUACAAAAAGAAGAUCGCCUUUACUUUGUCGCCCUCUAGUGUGCACGUAGUGUUACUACUGACAUCAGACCGUGCGAUAAUGUGAACACGUGCUCAUGCUGCAGCUGCCUCCGACACCGUGAUCGUGAUCGAGCACGUCUGUAACCUCGAUAUUUCUUGUACAUUUGUGUGUGUUUACACGAUGACAUUGCCGUUAACAACUGAUUAUUUUUAUGCACAGAUUUGGUUCUAAUGCUGCGCAUGUGACUCAUUCAUACAGGAAGCGGGAACUUUCCGAGGUACGAGUUGAAAUUCUGACCUUUUUGACGUUUUUGAACAUGCUGGUGCUCAUAAUGCUACGUUUUUAGCGCUCCAUGUUUCUAUAGUUCUGUAUUCCCAGGAUUUAAGUGUUCUAUGCUCUCAGAGACAUAUCCUGACUUCCAAAAUCCCAUGUUCCACCGUCCCCAGAACCUUAUGUUCUACAGAACCUAUUUAUCCAAGAUACCGUGUUUCCAGAUGUUAAACUAUGGUUUUAUAUUCUCAGCAUUUGUAUCUCAGAUCCUGUGUUCUCCUAGGUUCCUAGGUAUCUAGGGUUCUAUACGUACAUGGCUUUAGCUUUCCAGAUCUUAUAUUCCUAAGGGUUCUGUGCUUCCAGACCCAUAUCCUGGUGUCUAUCUUAUGUUUCCAGUACUGCUUGUUUCUCCACAUCUUUGUUCUACAGAACCUAUUUAUCUAAGAUAUCAUGUUUACAGAAUCCAGUUUCUUUACAUUUGUAUGUUAAACUAUGGUUUUAUAUUCCCAGCAUCUGUAUCUUGGAUCCUGUGUUCCCCAUAUGAGGUAUCUAGGGUUCUAUGCUCACAUGGCUUUAGCUUUCCAGAUCCUAUAUUCCAAAGGGUUCUGUGUUUCCAGAUCCAUAUCCUGGUGUCUAUCCUCCAGUGUUCCCAGAACCGCAUGCUUCUCCACAUCUUACUUCCCAGGAUCCAAUCUAUCCAGGGUUCUAUGUUCCCAGGACUCUAUGUAUCUAUGGUCCUAUAUUCCCGGAACCCAAUCUUCCCAGUAUCUGAUGUUCCCAGUGUCCUGUCCUGUAUAUCUGUCCUGAGAGCGUUUUUUUUUAGUACGUACGUCCCCAGAUUCCUAAGCACCUGAGUGUCUUUAGGGUUCUAUGUUCCCAGACCCUUUCUUAGCACCAAUGUUCCUACAGCAGAUUUCUGUGUUCCUUCAGUGAAGUUUUUAGAGGAACUGACCUCAUGUGGUGGAGCCGAUAGUCCAGAGAAUUAAACUAUCAGCAUGUUUAAAGACUUUAGAGAUUUAGAUUGUGGUGUUUUAGGAUCACUAGAAGGAUCGAUGGAACGCUAAAAAGUUCGUUAAAAUGACUAUAUCAUGCAUCUGCUUCUUAACUAAACAAUACUUUUGACAUUUUUAUAAGCUAUUUAAGAAUUUUUUUAACAAAAAAACAACAGACAUUUAAGCACUUAUUAACUUAUUUUUAAUUUUUGGGAAAUUUAAGCACCAGGUUUUUCACGAACUCAGCAUUGAAACACAUUUACACUCAUGUCUUUUUUGGAAUUUUGUCACAUGUCUGUGUUUAGUGUGAACAGUUCUGGUAUUUAGGGUUAGUUUAAUUUUUUAUUUUCUUUUUGGUCAGAAAAACAAGCAGCAAAAAAAAAGUGUAUAGACUUUGUGUUAAGGACACCUGAUGAAAUGUGAAUGUUUCAUCUAACUCCAGCACUUAAACCUACCUUAAAAAUCGUCAGGUUUAACAGUCACUUUAAUAUAAAAUGAAUUAACCAGAUCCCCAAGCCGCUGUAACCUAUCUAUGCAAACACAGGUUUAAUCGCUUGAAUGGUUUAUUAAUUAUUAUUUUUAGUUUAUACAGUAAAUUGCUGUGAAAAUAUUUUUUUUUUUCGAACCCGGGAACUCGUCCAUGUCUCUUCUUACUGCUUUAACAAUGAAAGACACAUUAAUGAUGACGGUGUGUGUAGAUAACUGAUUAUUUAAUAUAAUACUUUUUUUUUAUUGUUAUGCUGGAAUAGAAAGAAGAAAUGUAUUUAGACUUCAUGGGGAUAAAAAAAAGGGACAUUCCACUGAGACGUGCUUCAGUAACAUCACAUCAUUUACAGAGAUGCAUCACGUCCAUGAUAAUAAUAAUAAUAAUAAUAAUAAUGAAACCGAUGCUUCAUAUUAAUCGAUCAGGGACAUCAUGGAGCAUUUUAUAUCCAUCUGGUUGUGUUGCUUUCUACUGUGUCAUGAGAUUUUAUGUUUUAUAGACUGUAAGGACGCUGAAACAACAACAUACACUAUAUUGCCAAAAGUAUUAGGACACCGCUCCAAAUAAUUGAGUUCAGGUGUUGUGUUUCAGGGGUUGGACUCGGCCCCUUAGUUCCAGUGAAAGGAACUCUUAAUGCUUCAGCUUCAUACCAAGACAUUUUGGACAAUUUCAUGCUCCCAACUUUGUGGGAACAGUUUGGGGAUGACCCCUUCCUCUUCCAACAUGACCAAAGCAAGGUCCAUAAAGACAUGGAUGAGUGAGUUUGGUGUGGAGGAACUUGACUGGCCUGCACAGAGUCCUGACCUCAACCCCAUAGAACACCUUUGGGAUGAAUUAGAGCGGAGACUGUGAGCAGGGCCUUCUCAUCAUCACAACAUCAGUGCCUGACCUCACAAACUAGAGGAAUGGUCAAAAAUUCUCAUUCAACACACUCCUAAACCUUGUGGUUCCUUCCCAGAAGAGUUGAAGCUGUUAUAGCUGUAAAGGGCGGGACAACUCCAUAUUACAUUCAUGUGCAUGUCCCAGUUCUGGUCUGGCUCGCAGUCUCUGCUCUAAUUCAUCCCAAAGGUGUUCUAUGGGGUUGAGGUCUUUGAAAAACAACACCUGAUUUUAAUGAUUUAAGGGGGUGUCCCAAAACUUUUGGCAAUAUAGUGUAGACGGUGCCUGCUGAGGGGAAGUGGGCGUGGCUAUGUGCUCUCACUCACCCCUUCAUUUUCUAAUCACUGUGUGCACUCAGACCAGCCUCCUCACUAUUUAUUAAACAUGAUUUCACGUGAGUUCAGAUAUCGGUACGUUUGACCAUAUGAGUCACGAUGCAUCUCUAAUUUAUUCCCAGAGCCUCAUGUCUGAAAAAAACAGCACUUAGAUCCACAAAUUUAUUCGUUCUGUGUCCUCUGCCCAACUAAAGCUAUUAAACCCUUUGUUCUCUCUCCCUUUUUUUUUUUUUAAUAAUAAUUAUAAUAUCAUGUUGACCAAUAGUUUUUUUUUUGUCUUUAUUUCACGGGAUGAAGAGAUGUUUCUGUCCCUAAGCGUGACAGUAAUCCUGUUUUGUGCUCAAUUCAAACAAACACAGCCGUGUAAAUAUUACUCCUGAUAGAGAGACAGCAUUCCUGAGGCCAGCUGUGAGCUGUGGGAGAACAGUGGGAAUGUGUGCUAAAAAUAUGGACUCUGUUGUAAAAGAUGGGUAUUGCGUAACAAAAGUAGCACAAUAAAUUUUAAUUCAAAAGA